CUUCGAUCGUUUGUCGGUUAAAUAGAGAAUAUUGAUUUUUGUUUUUUCACAUCAAAUAUAAAAAAAAAACCACAACCAUCAUCAAGCCAUCACCGACAACAAAGAAUCAUCUAAAGAAUGAUUUUCAUUUGAAAAUUCAAUUUUUUUUGCAACUUUCCUGUUUGAAAAUCAAGGGGAAAACACAGGGUUGAAAAAAAAUGUUCAUCGAUGGCAACAGCAAUUUGAUGAUAAACCUCACAUUACAACCGUUAUUCAUAUCAAACAAUCGAAAGAAAAAAACCUUAAUGAUCAUUGUCAUUAUGAAUUCUGUUUUGCCUAUUAUACAACAACAAACAACAGAAUUUAAUGAAAAUCAUCAACAACAAUCGAUAUUAUCGAUACCAUCGAUACAAACGAGCUCUUUAUCAUCAUCAUCAUCAUCAUCAUCAACAGCAUUAGAUAAAAAUUUAAAUAAAAAAAUAAUUAAUUAUCAUCAUCAUCAUCCACAACAGCAGCCUAAACAAUCAUCAUCAUCAUCGGAUAAUGUGAUAUUAUCAACAAGACCAAAACAAACAGCAAUUGGACAGAAUAUAACUAGAAUAUUGAAUGCCUUUUUCGAUAGUGGCUAUGAUAAACGUGUACGUCCCAAUUAUGCUGGUCCACCUGUACAAGUUGGUGUUACAAUGCAUAUAAUUAGCAUUAGUUCUAUAUCGGCCGUUCAAAUGGAUUUUACAUCCGAUUUUUAUUUUCGUCAAUCAUGGCGUGAUUCAAGAUUAAGUUUUCAACCACAUCCAGGUAUACAAGCAUUAUAUGUUGGUGCUGAAGUUUCGGAAAAAAUUUGGGUACCAGAUACAUUUUUUGCCAAUGAAAAAGCAGCUCAAUUUCAUAUGGCAACAACGCCAAAUACAUUUAUUCGUAUUAAAUCUAAUGGUGAUGUGUUCCUUUCAAUGAGACUUACAGUAACUUCAAGUUGCCCAAUGAAUUUACAAUAUUUUCCAAUGGAUCGACAAAGCUGUACGAUUGAAGUGGAAAGUUAUGGUUAUUCAAUGGCCGAUAUACAAUAUAAAUGGGGUAUCGAUGGUCAAGGAUCGGAUGUUGUAUUGGCAAAAAAUUUAGAAUUACCACAAUUUAAAGUUUAUAAACAUUUACAACGACGUAAAGUUGAAGUACUUAGCACUGGGAAUUAUUCACGUUUAGUUUGUGAAAUUGAAUUUGUACGAUCAAUGGGUUAUUAUUUAAUACAAAUUUAUAUACCUGCAUCAUUGAUUGUUAUUAUAUCAUGGGUUUCAUUUUGGCUUCAUCGGAAUGCAAGUCCAGCACGUGUACAAUUAGGUGUUACAACUGUAUUAACAAUGACAACAUUAAUGUCAUCAACAAAUGCAGCAAUGCCAAAAAUUUCCUAUAUAAAAUCGAUUGAUGUUUUUUUAGGUACUUGUUUUGUAAUGGUAUUUGCUGCCUUAUUAGAAUAUGCAACUGUUGGUUAUAUGGGUAAACGUAUUGCAAUGCGUAAAUCACGUACACAGCAAAUUGUACGAAUUCUGAAUGAACAUCGUGAAAAAUGUAUUGCAGCAGCAGCUGCAGCUGCUGCUGCUUCUUCACAUCAAGGAAAAAAUAUUGAUAAUAAUGAUGAUGAUGAUAAUGAUAAUGAUGAUCCAAAUAAUCCGAUUACAAGUCGUCGUCAUGGUGCAUUAAUACGUACAGCAUCACUUUAUCCAAAUAUGGAACAAUUAGAUGAAUUAGAAUCAUAUCAUAAAAGGGGUUUACGACCACCAUCACAUAGUUAUCUAAGUAGCCGUCAUUCAUUUGAACGUACAGCAUCAUUAAAAAAUCGUAUAUUUAAUGAAACUAAUGGUGGUAAUGAUGAUUCUGAAAAUGGACCAAAUUUUAAUGAUGAUCUUAAUGUAUUUGUUGCUGCAAAUUCUGGUUCAACAUCAGGUGUUGGUGGUGGUAGUGGUGGUGGUGUUGGAGGUUUAUCAUCACCAUCAUCAUUUAAUAAAUUAGAUUCACAUAUAACGGCUGCAUUACAACGUGGCGCUGGUGGUGGUAGUUCAACUCGUGUCGGUAGUAAUCGUCGUAGUUUUACCGGUCUAUAUGAUCCAAAUGAUAAUAAUAAUAAUGUUCGUGAUAUGAGACAUUUAGCUGAACGUGCAUUUUUACCAUCAAGUUAUUAUCUUAAAAAUCAAAAUACAUUAUUUGGUGUUUGUCCAAGCGAUAUUGAUAAAUAUUCAAGAGUUGUUUUCCCUGUUUGUUUUCUUUGCUUUAAUCUUAUGUAUUGGAUUAUUUAUAUGCAUAUUAGUGAAUUUUUAAUUGAAGAUCAACAAUUUGAUGAAUGAUGAUUGUUUGGGGUUAAAUCUAAUG